AUGGUCCAAACUCUUGUCCAGGUUUUGAAUGUAGAAGCUCGAGUUGUUGAAUUGAUUAAUGUGGAGACUAAACAAUGGAAUCAAGAUUUGGUAUUAUGUGUUCUUGGUGCUGAGGUAGCUGAAAUUGUCUUUAAAAUUCCUAUAAGUGUUAUUGGGGCCAGAGAUAGACUGAUGUGGUUAGAAAUAAAGGAUGGCCAGUUUAUAGUGAGAAGUGCUUAUCAUAAACAGAAGGAGCUAGUGGAUUUGCAGAAGGGUCAGUCCUCUCAUCAUGCACUAUGGCCUAAGAAUUGGACCUACUAUUGGAAACUUCAUAUUCCAAAUGCUACUAAAGUUUUCAUGUGGAGAGCUUGCCUUGAGUCACUCCUUACUAGUUUGAAUCUAUAUAAGAAGAAAAUUGUUGAUUCCCCUUUGUGUCCUAUAUGUGGUAGGGAGGAAGAGUCAACCACCCAUGCCUUAUGGAGUUGUCCAUCAGCUAUGGAUGUGUGGAGCCAAGGUCCUAAAGUUUUUCAAAAAAGUUCUAAUAGUGCAAAUUGCUUUAAAGACUUGGUGGAACAGUUUAAUGCUACUUCCAGCCAGAACUUGUUGGCUUUAAUUUCUAUGAUAACCAAAGGCAUAUGGCAGAGAAGGAACAACUCGCUCUUUAAGAAUUCCUUUAUACAUCCCACCCAGGUUGGAAGGCAGGCAGUCGCCUCCUUGGAAAACUAUAAGGCUACACAACCUAGCUCAAAGAAUAUGACCCAGCAGGUUUAA